AUGUUGAGCUCAUCAGUGGUUCAGAGCUCGGUUGCUCUAACACUCAUCCCUCUCGUUGUCGUUGGUUGUGUGAUCAGCUAUCUCGUGGGGGUAUAUCGCAAUUAUCGAAAGCUUAGUCACUUCAAAGGUCCCCCUCUGGCUGCCUUCACCAGCCUGUGGCUCGCUUCCCAGGCGCUCAAAGCGCGCACGUAUCUUGCCCAAAAAGAGGCUCUUAAACAAUAUGGGUCACCAGCACGGAUAGGUCCCAGGUUGCUGGUCACCGAUGAUCCGGAGCUUCUGAGACAUAUGAGUGCUCCUAGGUCCAAAUGGACGCGGAGUUCGUGGUACGAUGGCAUGAAGCUGGACCCCAGAGUGAACAACAUCUUCUCUGAGCGCGACGAACGGCGGCAUGCAGAUAUGAGAUCCAAAAUGAUUGGGGCAUAUUCUGGGAAAGAGGUCGACACUUUGGAGUCCGAUAUCGACGAGAAUCUUCAGAGAUUGCUAGAUUUGAUCAGACGGGAGUACAACGGCAAGCCCCUUGACAUGUCGCUUCUGGCAUCCUUUUUCACCCUCGAUGUGCUGAGCAAAAUCGCAUUUGGGGAUGCCUUUGGCUUCCUCGAAGCCAAUGAAGACCUCUACAACUUCAACAAGAUUGCAAGUCAAUUCUUCAAGGUGAUAGAAUUGAUCGUCAACCACGAAACUCUACGCAGAUUCAUCCAAAGCAAGCCGAUGCAGAAGCUCUUGGCCCCCAAAGGCACGGACGAAUUUGGUCAAGGCCGCAUUAUUGGGAUCGCGCAAAAGGCAGUCGCUGAACGAUAUCGCCCCGAUGCAAAGGUCAAAAGAGAUAUGCUUGGGCACUUUAUUGCAAAAGGGCUCAGUCAGACCCAGGCCGAGGCCGAGUCGCACCUGCAGAUCAUCGCCGGCUCCGAUUCGACGUCAUCGGCUCUGCGUAUAACGAUGAUGAUGUUGACCGGCAGCCCAGUGGCGUACCGGAAGCUCGUCGCCGAGAUCGACCAAGCCGUCGCGGACGGCAAGAUCUCCUAUCCGAUUGUCAGGUAUAGUGAGGCUGCCGAGCUCGAGUAUUUGUCGGCUUGCAUCUGGGAGGGUAUCAGACUGUUCCCACCUCUGUUUGGCCUUCAGAGCAAACUCGCUCCUCCCGAGGGCGAGACGAUCAAUGGGGUCUUCUACCCGCCGGGGACUGAAGUGGCCUUUUGCUGUGAAGGGGUUGGGCGGAGAACUGACAUCUUCGGAGAGGACGCAGACUUGUAUCGACCCGAUAGAUGGCUGCAUCCCGAUCCAGAAGUGAGGACCAAGUACUUGAGGACGGCGGAGCUGAUGUUCGGGAGCGGACGAUUCUCGUGUCUAGGCAAGAACAUUGCCCUGAUGGAGUUGCACAAGGCUUUCGUCGAGCUGCUUCGCAACUUCGAUUGGGCCCUCGUGGACCCAAUCAAGGGUGCUUCGACCGUCGCCCAUGGCAUCUGGGUGCAGGAGAACAUGAUGCUGGUUGCGACGCCCCGCCAGAUUCAAUAA